UCUCAUUUAUUCUCUUACUUUGGUUUGAUACCAAGAGAGCAUUUAACCAACACAGAUAAUCAACACUGAUAGUAAACAAAAAUCAUAAGAUUGAGAAAACACUUCUCAACUAUUUUGCGUAAAGAUGGUGGACUCAACUUGUCGUGUUGUUGAUGUUAAAGAAAUUUCCAAUAAUUACAGAGAUGACCUCAAAGAGUGGAUCGAUCAAAGUCGUGCCCGACCUCGUCUGGUUGGUUUUCUUGCCAAUAAAGACCAAUCCGCCAUUACAUAUGCCAAAUGGACACAACGAAGCUGUGAGGAAAUUGGAAUAAAAUUUGAAUUGAGACAAGUGGAAAGAGAAGAUUUGGAAGAAGGUAUUAUUGAAGCCAAUGAGGAUCGUCGUGUUGAUGGUGUCAUGGUUUAUUAUCCUGUGUUUGGUGGUGGUCACGAUCAGUAUAUUCAAAAUUGUGUCUCACCUUUCAAAGAUGUUGAAGGUCUCUGUCAUACCUUUCGAUUCAACAUGUACCAUAAUAUACGAUUCAUUGAUGUUCAAAAAAAGUCAAUUAUCCCUUGUACACCUUUGGCCAUUGUUAAAAUCCUUGAUCACCUUGGUGUCUAUAAUCAUGAGUUUGAUUAUGGAGAUCAGUUGAAUGGAAAAGUGAUAACAGUUAUAAAUCGAAGUGAAGUAGUCGGUCGUCCCCUUGCUGCCUUAUUAGCCAAUGAUGGAGCCAAAACAUAUUCAGUAGAUUUGGAUGGAAUCCUUCAAUUUCAUCGAGGACCAGGAAAACAAAAACACCGAGUAACCUCAACCGAUAAAACUUUGAAAGAUGUUUUACCAGUAUCAGAUGUUGUUAUUGCUGGUGUACCAGAUAAAAAGUUCAAAGUACCAACAGAGUUGCUUAAACCUGGGGUAGUUGCAAUCAAUUUUUCAACAGAUAGAAAUUUUCCCGACUCUGUAAAGGAGAAAGCUUCUGUAUUCGUUCCUGCCAUAGGAAAGAUGACCAUUGUUAUGUUACAAAGAAAUUUGAUGAGGCUUUACGAUUAUCGAAGAGAUGCCCCUUUUCGUUUCCGAUUCUCGUAAUUGAAGAUAUUAAAGAAAAUUCAAAUUAUAAAUGUUUGAUAAAAUGACGAAAUUUAUUAAAAUUUAUUUACUUGUGAUUUACUAGCAAA